AUGGCGUUCCUUUUGGGCAACACUGCAAUAUACCUUCUUGCCUCGUUCAAAGGGAAUAGAAAUUUGGAAGCAGACCUGAGGCCACUAGCCCCAGUUGACGUUGAACUCCGCUUCUCGGGGUACGACGAACUCCACCACGAAGAUGGCAGCCGGACGGUAGUCUCCGAGACUCAGAGCUCAGCGUUUAGAUUCUCCCUAGGCCAGUUCUUAGCCUUCCCGUCCCUUGAAGAGGUGGUAUCCCACAUGCUUUCCGCCACACGCUCUCCCGACCCAAGAAUCCUAGAGUUCUGGAAGGAGAAGAUCGUCGCCUUCGCUUCUUUGAAAGCCCAAUUAGCAUUCGAUGCAGGAAGAGAAAGGAUAGAGAUGGUUGUCAUGAUCCAUGUCUAUCCUACAGCUUGGGGGUCAGCCGAGGAGGUGACGACCGAGGUGCUGACACCUUCCUCUGACGAAGGAAUUGGUGGAGGAGGGGGUUUUGGUCGCGUGCCGGCAUCGCUGGCUUCUAUCGAGAAGCUGGAAAAGGUGAUAUGUAAUAGCGUUGGAGACGAGUUUAAAGAGCAUGUAUGUGUGAUAUGUUUGGAGGAGUUUGACAUCGGGAUGGAAGUGACUCGAAUGCCCUGCAUGCAUGUCUUUCAUGGCGACUGCCUCGCUCGGUGGCUGGAAAGGAGUCACCUCUGCCCUUUCUGCCGUUAUGAGAUGCCUACUUUGAGCCGAGAGUGA